GACCGCAUGAACUUUGACAGUAGUGUGUUGAAAAUGAGGGUUACGAGGACUUUAUUUCGUUUUAUUCCAGAACUAUGAUUGACGAGAAUUUAAGUUUAAGGGACGAGCUACAAUGUCGAAGAAACGAGUGGCUUAUUUUUACGACGAGGACGUUGGAAACUUCCAUUACGGCCUUAAUCAUCCGAUGAAACCCCACAGACUCACAUUAACACACAACCUUGUGUUUAACUAUGAUCUUCACAAAAAAAUGGAGGUGUAUAAGCCUUACAGGGCGACAUACCAUGACAUGUGCAGAUUUCAUUCUAGUGAUUAUAUACAGUUUCUGAGAAGGGUAACACCACAAAACACAAUAGGACAAAACAAAGUGGUGAAUAAUUUUAAUGUUGGAGAAGACUGUCCUGUGUUUUCUGGCCUGUUUGACUUCUGUUCAAUUUACACGGGUGCAUCACUGGAGGGGGCUGUGAGGCUUAAUCAAGGGGUAUGUGACAUUGCCGUCAACUGGGCAGGAGGGCUGCACCAUGCAAAGAAAUGUGAGGCUUCAGGAUUCUGUUAUGUCAAUGACAUUGUAGUUGCAAUACUGGAACUUUUAAAAUAUCAUUCCCGUGUGUUGUACAUUGAUAUUGACAUUCACCAUGGUGAUGGAGUUCAGGAAGCAUUUUACUUGACUGAUCGUGUUAUGACGCUAUCCUUUCACAAGUUUGGCAAUCAGUUCUUCCCAGGAACAGGUAAAGAUUUCACUCCACUGGUCCAAGGUCUAAAAUUUAAUUUCAGUCAGUAGUUGAGUCCUGUCAUG